AUGGCGUGUUCAGUGAGCGACACCCCCGCCCUCAAGGACCUGCCAAAAGUGGCCACCGACCUCAAGAGUCAAUUGGAAGCCUUCAACCCUAGCUGCCUCAGAGACGUGGACACUAAUGAGAAGAUAGUGCUGCCCUCUGCUGAAGACGUAGCACAAGAAAAACAGCACACAGCGCUGCUGCAAGACUUAGAACAUUUUCAGAGUUCGUCUCUUAAGAAGACGGAAACCGUCGAAAAGAACAUUCUACCCAACGCUAUAGAUGUCGCCACUGAAAAGACUCAAAAAUCUCUGUUCGACGGCAUUGAGAAGUUUGAUUCCAGCCAGCUGAAGCAUACGGAGACCCAGGAAAAGAACCCACUACCUGACAAGGAUGUCGUGGCAGCUGAGAAGCAGCACCAGAACCUGCUGGACGGAGUGGAACACUUCGACAAGACCCAGAUGAAACACGCACACACAGAGGAGAAGAACCCGCUGCCGCCCAUGGAAGCCAUCGAGGCGGAAAAGGAGAAGAACAAAUUCCUGAACGGCAUCGAGAACUUCGACCCGACCAAGUUGAAGCACACCGAGACUUGCGAGAAGAACCCGCUACCCACCAAGGACGUCAUCGAGCAGGAGAAAACUGCCUGA